AUGGCGGAGAUUUUAUUCGACACGAUUUCCGUAGCUGAUGCUGGGAUUUAUGAAUGUUAUGAUGAAAAUGAAAGGAAAAACCAUGCUUUUAUGCAGCUGAUUGUAAGAGAGUGUCCACAUAAUAAAUGGUCUCCGCCUAAAUGCAACAUGAGCUGCGAGGUGUGCUACAAUGGAGGGGUAUGUGAUACAUACAUCGGAAACUGUAUUUGCCCUUCGGGAUUUGAAGGAACUAAUUGCGAAAUACCUACUGGCAACAUACUUGGAAGCGACGAGGAGUGCCACCCAACUGGUAAUAAUAACGGAUGCAAAAGGAAACUGGUUUGCCCACCAAUGCCACAAGGCUGUGCCUGUCACUCUGGCUGGAACGGAACUGACUGUCAAACGAAAUGUAAAAAUGGCAAGUAUGGCGCUGACUGUUUACAAGAUUGUCAUUGUGACUUUAGCAAGUGUGAUCAUUCCAGAGGCUGUGAGGAGGGUGCAGAAUGCCACUCUGGCUACAAGAGUCCACGUUGUUUAGAUAAAGUAUCCAGCGAAGAAUCGAGUGAUAGAACAACCUCUAUGAAAACACCAUAUGCAACAAAUUCCAACGGACCGUCGAGUGAUAGAACGACCAGUAUGGAAACAACUCAUGCAACAAGCACCAUCGGACCAACUAGUGAUAGAACGACUAGCUUGGAAACCACUCAUGCAACAAACACAAACGGACCAACGAGUGAUCGAACGACCAGCAUGGUAACCACUCAUGCAACGAAUUCCAAGGGACCAUCGAGUGAUAGAACAACGAGUAAGGAAACCACUCAUGUAACAAGUUCCAACGGACCAUCGAGUUAUGGAACGACUAGAAUGGAAACCUCACACGCAACAAACACGAAUGGAACAACGAGUGAUCGAACGACCAGCAUGGUAACCACUCAUGCAACAAAUUUCAACGGACCAUCGAGUGAUAGAAUGACCAACAUGGAAACCAUUUAUGUAACAGACUCCAACGGAGCAACGAGUGAUAGAACGACCAACAUGGAAACUACUCAUGUAACAAAUUCCAACAGACAAUCGAGUGAUAGAACAACCAGCAUGGAAACUAUUCAUGUAACAAAUUCCAACGGACCAUCGACUGAUAAAACAACCAGCAUGGAAACCACUCAUGUAACAAAUUCCAACGGACCAUCGACUGAUAAAACAACCAGCUUUGGAACCACUCAUGCGACAAAUUCCAAGGGACGAUCGAGUUAUAGAACAACGAGCAUGGAAACCACUCAUGUAACAGAUUCCAACGGACCAUCGAUUGAUAGAACGACCAGCAUGGAAACCACUCAUGUAACGAAUUCCAGGGCACCAUCGAGUGAUAGAACGACCAAUAUGGAAAUUACUCAUGUAACAGACUCCAACGGAGCAACGAGUGAUAGAACGACCAACAUGGAAACCAUUCAUGUAACAAAUUCCAUCGGACCAUCGACUGAUAAAACGACCAGCAUUGAAACCACUCAUGCUACAAACACCAACGGACCAACGAGUGAUAGAACAACCAGCAUGGAAUCCACCCAAGGUAAUGUAUCUGAAAUAGCAUAA